ACAUCACAGACUGACAGGCCUGUUACACAUUAACCAUAUGUAAAUAAAGUCGUAGACCUCUAGGUGCGAAGGUUACUCAAAACAACAUGUCGACCGAUUCGACACAAGGAGAAGAAAAAACAGGCGGGAUCACCUCCGAGUCGGCCCCGACCGAUCCGACCGGCUCGUCGCCGCCAACACCCGGGGAGGACUCGCCAGGCAGCCCGAGGACUAAGCUGUACUUGCGUCGGUGGUUUAUGCUGCUCCUAUUUUCUUCCUACUCGCUGAGCAACGCCUUUCAAUGGAUCCACUACAGCGUCAUCAGCAACAUUGUCGUCAGGUACUAUAACGUGAGUAUCCUGGCCGUGGAUUGGCUGUCCAUGGUGUACAUGUUGGCGUACAUCCCGCUCAUCUUUCCCGCCACAUGGACACUGGAUAGGUACGGUCUCCGCGUGGUUGGUCUGCUCGGGUCGUCCCUGAACUGUAUCGGGGCGUGGCUGAAGGUGGCCGGGGUGGGCCGGGAGCGGUUCGCGGUGACCAUGUUCGCCCAGACGGUCUGCUCCGUGGCGCAGAUCUUCAUCCUCGGGAUGCCGGCGCGCGUGGCCGCCGUGUGGUUCGGGCCCAGGGAGGUGUCCACGGCGACGGCUAUAGGCGUCUUUGGAAACCAGGUCGGCGUGGCGCUGGGAUUCCUGAUCCCGCCCGUGUUGGUGCCGAACGCCGCUGACAUCGCGGUGGUGGAGCGGGGCAUGAACGUCAUGAUGUUCGGCACGGCAGGAGUCACAACUCUGCUUUUCAUACCAACCUUGGUCGUUAUAUUUUUCAGAGAGAAGCCGCCCAUUCCCCCCAGCCCCGCCCAGGCCACCAUCGCUGAGACCGACGCGGAAUAUUCUUACCUCGGCUCCAUCAAGAGACUGAUGAAGAGCGUUCCUUUCGUCCUUCUGGUCAUCACCUAUGGUAUCAACACGGGGUCCUUCUACGCCAUUUCCACACUGCUGAAUCAGGUGGUGCUCUCCAAGUAUCCGGGGGAGGAGGUGAAUGUUGGUCGGAUCGGACUGACCAUCGUGUUGACCGGCCUGCUGGGGUCCGUGCUGUGCGGCAUCUGGCUGGACAGGACUCGGACUUUCAAGGGUACAACUGUUGUCGUGUACAUCCUGUCCUUCCUAUGUAUGACGGCCUUUACAUUCACGCUGGACCUCGGCUACCUAGCGAUCGUUUUCGUUACUGCAGGUGCACUGGGGUUCUUUAUGACGGGUUACCUGCCGCUCGGGUUUGAGUUUGCGGCGGAGAUCACGUACCCUGAGUCGGAGGGGACGUCAUCAGGACUGCUCAACGCCUCUGCACAGACAUUUGGCAUCGCUCUGACCCUGUUCACAGGAUACCUGGUGAACAACCUGAGCACUUUGGCAGGGAACCUGUGUCUGUGCGUCACUCUCUUCCUGGGUGUUGUCGUCACAGCUUUCAUCAAGUCGGACUUGAAGAGACUAAGAGCCCAACAGAGCGUGGAAAACACCAAUGCAGAAUCUAAGACCACAGUUCUGUGA